UGCAACUAUUCCUGGAACAACUUCCAAUAGAGAACAAAAACAAUGGCAUACUAGCUAGCUAGCUGAAACUCUGAAAGAAACCAACGUAGGAACGCCCUUUUGAAAGCUCUGGCCAGGCGGAAGCGAAAUCUCUGGUGUUGAGAAAGCAGAGAUGGCCUUUAUGCUUUCGCCUGGGGUCUCGCGAAUCGUUACUAUUGUAUUGAGGGUCCUGACUGCCAUUGUUCUGUUUGUAUCACUCGUGAUGCUCGUAACCAAUAAUCAGGAUUAUCAAGACCCUAAUGACAACGGAAACACUAAAACCGCUCGUUUUUAUGAUCAAGUUGGAUUCCAAUACAUGGCUGCCACAACAGUUCUCGGAAUUGGGUUUUCAAUCUAUGGAACCGUAAUUGUAGCUUUGCGCAUCAAGAGAGGAAAUGAUGAAGGGAACCUGUUGAUUGAUUUCUAUGGCCAGAAGGUUUUGUCGAAUUUAUUAGUUACAGGAGCUGUUGCAGGAUUUCUUACUGUCCAAGCUGUGGAUAAAGCUCUCUCUGAUCACUUUGGCACGUUCGCGGAGCUGGCCACUAACGGCUAUUAUUGGGGUUUGUAUAAGACAUGUUCUGGACUUGUCCUCCUUGGCUUCUUCUUGUCUGUAGCACUGUCGAUCCUGUCUUCCCAUACCCUUGCUAGAAGGAAUUAUUAGACUCACAACAUGCUUGAGAAUCGUUUCUGUAGCUUGUACUCACUGAUUAAUGAAGAGUCUCUACCCGUUUCGUUUGGGUCUUGUGUCA